GGAGAGCGCAGUAGUCUUAACGAGGCACUUAGCCCGGCCUUCCCCGCUCUGCUGCGUCAGUUGCAGCCACGACGCGGUCCUCUGUACUCACUCCAACUUAUUCUUGGGCACGCUUAAUACUCCCUUUCCUGCGCCUCGUGAAUCUUCACCAGCCUUCCGUCAGCCUUUCGGGCGGCCAAGGAGCCCUCAUGCCAGGCCAGGGCGUAGAGAUCCGGCGUGCGGACCCGGGAGACGUCGCGGGCGUGAGGGCGCUCUGCAGGACAGUGCAAAAAGCAGCGGCGAGGGAGGAGAUUGGCAUCCACCUGUGCUCGUUCCUCGUUCACCCUUUCUUCGCCAUGCUCAUGCUUCUCACUUUCUCCGUCUUGCAGUGGAGGCUUCAGACGCCCCUCGAGCUCACUGCCUGCGCCGCCCUGCUCCUCGUGGGCGCCGAGGAAGGCCUCCGGUUCUGGCUCUUCUGGCGGAGGCUCCGGCACGUGUUCGGGGAGGGGGCCGACCUCAGGGACCUCGGCCCCUUCUACUCACACCCGCGCAGGUUCUUUCUCGUUGCUGUGAUUAAUAACGAAGUAGCGGGGACCGUUGCCGCGAGGGAAACGGACAGCUUCACUUCUGCAAAAUUAUGGCGGAUGUUCGUCCACCCGAGAUUUCGGAAGAUGGGAUUAGCUUCAAGGCUCAUAUCCGCAUGCCACGAAGAAUGCGCAAGGCUAGGCUAUACAAGUGUCGUUCUGCGAACUCAUGUGACAAAUUUCAAAGCAAGAAAGUGUUACGAAAAAGCUGGGUAUGUCUGCACUGGAAAGAAUAAUUUUGCUAGACUUUAUCCUCAUUCAUUUGAUGUUGUGCAUUACUUGUUUAACAUAUGUGACACAAAAGUAAUGGAUAAACAAAUAAAUUAGUUAUUUUUUCACUAAUAUACUUCUCUUGGAUCAUCGGCACAUGUAUACAUGAUGAUUAUGAAAAAGUAUUAUUUGUAGAAGCAACGGCGAUCACACAAAUGCGUGAGUUUCCGACUUGUGACGUAUUUUAGGAAGAUGUUUCAUAUUCAAAUGAGGGAGAUAGUAAAGUGCAAAAAUAUUGAUAAGGGGCAUGUACAAAAAAUAAGCAGUCUAAUUUCAUUAGUCUUACAAAUUAUAUUGCACAUAAUAAUUCUAAGCACGAGAUCAAGAAUGAGCAAUGUCCUAAAAGUCAGUGUUCAGAAAAACGCUAUUAACUUUAAGGAAAAUAUAGAAUAGUAAAAGCGGCCAACCUGCAGCUUUCUGUCGCUAUCUACUCAAACUGCAGCCAUUUGUCGCAAUUUGCCACGCGUUGGGAUAUAUGACUUUCAGUGAAUUUGAUUUCGAAACAAUGCUCCUGUGGCGUCCCUAGUGCAGUGAUGACAUUAGCCUUUCUAACAUACAACCAAAAAUUUCCGGUUUGGUGGUAGGCUCCUCUUAAAAUUGGCAUUUUUGGACAUUGGCCCUUCUAGUUCUCAGCCCUAGUAAAUCAUUAUUACGAUGCUGCUGCUGCUGACAGCCUUACUGAUAAUAAUAAUUAUAAUAAUUAUUAUCGUUGUCGGUAUUUGUGUUGUUCUGUUGUUGUUGUCAUCAUUAUUAUUAUGAGAUUGCAGCGCGGGCUGUUUUGUAAUAUGUUUACUCUAAGAUAAGUUGCAUGGCUGUAAUGAGAAAACUGUUGGCCAAUUGCAAUUCAAAAUUUAUAUAUUAUAUUUAUUGAAAAUUUCCUGCCACGUCAACAUUUAAGGUCAUUAGUGGCGUUCAAAGUACAGCAAUAGCGUGAGGCUUGGGGACAAAGCCCCCAGGUAAGGAAGUGCUUUAGGACUUCAAAGGUCAUAUGGCACUAUGGUAAAGUAUAGUAGUGAAAGGGGUUAGGAAUGAGUUACUGAUUAGGGUAAAGUUACAGGUUGAACAGUACUAGAGAGUAGUAUGGAAGUGAAAAGGGUUGAGAAGGGAGGUAUACUAUAAGGUAAAGGUUGUUAGAAGGGGAAGGAACUAAGGGAGUUGGGAGCAUUAUGAUAAUGUAUUGUGGCAAAAACGGCAAAAUUGAGUUAAGGCGAGGGCUGAGAACCAAGGUUGGGGUGAUCCCCCUCUCCUAAGACUCCACGACAAAAUGAGCAAGGGAUUGUGGGGGAAAUAGAUGUAGUGGUCGUAUUGCUGUCAUUUAUGCUAUACGGUUGGUCUUAUUUUAUUUUCAGUUCAUGAUGUUUGCGACUUCGGUGACAAAUUGCCAAAAAUAUUAUUGGAUUGAAAACAAGAUAAGAUGUAAAAUGUAGUUGUUUCAGUUCACAUCUUUCACAUUUUUCAGGGCAGCUAUAUAAGCAUCCCUAACUGCAUUUUAUAUAAUUUUGGCAAAAAAGCUAAUUACUAAAGUUAAUUAUGCAGAUGAUCUGAAAGAACUGCAGAUUGUUACUAGUAACUGGUACCCUGUUCGUGCUCACUGAGGGACAACAGCAACCUGACUAAAGGUGACUAUAUAUGCAAGUUCAUUAUAAGCAUGGCUAUUCAUUCAGGGUGUUUGGAGGCUCAGACUUAAGAAAAUGAUUAAGCAUCAUAUAGGCAGUACAAUUGAGUGUCUUAGAACAAGUGAAUCAAGGUUAUCAAAAGUAAAAGACACAUGGCAUAUCAAAUUUAUUUUCUGUAUAAAAUUACAUGACACAAUACAAACCAUUAAUUUAUAGCAACUCAGUAUGCAAAUAAUGUUUAAAUAAUCCUAUAUAUGCUACAUUUUAAAAACAGUCCAGAAAAGUAAAUAAAAUCUCUUGGUGCAUAAUGACUCACAAGAAUGACUAGAAUAAGGGGCCAUGUCCUUGAACAUAGCCUCUGAUUCCUUGUUUGUACCUCAUGAUGAGGAGACUUGAGGCUGAAUAUUCUUACAAGAUAUGCAAGAAUACUAGCUUUACUUAGCCAUACUUAAGGAUGAACAAGGCAUGUGUCAGUAAACUUCCUAAACCUAUUAAAAACAAGGUAGUACUAUUACUCCUAUCCAUAGACUAUAUAUGAGCACUUUAUAUACAAAUACUGUUUCUGAAAAAUACACAAAGUCAGGUUUGUGAACCUAGUUAUGGUAUGAGCCACCAGCACAUGCCUGGUAUUCUGCUCCCAAUUUACAUGGUGUUUAGGUGUCCUGCAGGUGUCAUGUACAUAAACUCUAAUGAGUACCAUAAAUGAGUCUGAUAUAUGCUUCGGAAGCAUUUCCAUCAUGUUGACAUAAAAAAGUUCCUUUAUGAUGCAUUUAUUAACUCAUGUGAUAGUUAUAAUACCAGUUAAAGUCUGGCCAAGGAGCAUGAUUGUACUUUCUUUCUUUUAUAAAUAUAUACAUAACUCACCAUAAAAUGCUUAUCAACAAUGCAAAUGUGAGAAAAGAAAGGAAAUAAAUUGAAAUACAGUA